UUUAACGAGUUUCAGCAGUCAGCUCGGCAAAAAUAUAAGCAUGAGACGUCCAACCAGCUGCUCCUGUGCUCUCUUCUUCAUCCUCGUCCUCCUCUUCCUCUCUGAGAGCUGGGGCCAGAGGUUGAACACAGACGACAAGAAGCCAUCCUGCGAUCACUGCAACCAGCAGCUCUUCUGUAACUGCUCCCACAGUGGAUUCACCAGUGUUCCCACUGUAACAGGCAGUGCCUUGAGUCUUGAUCUUUCCUUUAAUAAAAUAACAGCUGUGACGAACGAUGACCUGACAGGCCACACGCAACUGAAGGUUCUUGAUCUCCACGGCAAUGGCUUAGCUGAGAUCCAUCCAUCAGCUUUUGACUCUCUGUGGAGCCUGGAACAGCUGGAUCUCUCUUACAACCAGCUGACUAUGCUCAACCACAAAUGGUUCAGCAAGCUGGAAGCUCUGCAGCAGCUCAACCUACUCAACAACCCAUACAGUUACCUCGGUUCUCCUCCAGUAUUUGGGGCCCUAGUCAGACUAAGGAAGCUGGCCCUUGGAGGUCCUUCUCUGAAGGAGCUCAGGAGAGGAGAUCUGUCUGGAGUCACCCAGCUGGAGGAGUUAACUGUUCAUGCAAACAACCUGACCAGCUAUGACGCUGGUACAUUAGCACACAUUUGGCCGCUAGGUCAUGUCACUUUGAGUCUCCAUGGUCCUUUUCUAACAAAUGUGACCUUGGCUGGGUCUAUGAUUGAUGAUGUGUCAUAUCCUGAGACACCCAUCAUUCUGAAAGACAUCAAUUUGAUUGGAGUUCAGUCUGUUCAGCCCUUUAGUAAGGCAGCCAAAAGGAGGAUCAGGUAUUUGACCCUACAUAAUAUUUCUGUGUCUGACGAGGCUAUUGUUGACUUCCUGGUGGUAUUAGAUGGAGUUCCACUGACCAAACUUACCAUAGAAGAUGUCACACUGAUGGGCGAAGGCUGGUGGGGGAAAGCUAGCCAAACUGAUCUCAGAAGCAUAGAUGAGUUCUACAUCCGUAACGUUGUAAUUCUGGAUGUGUUUGUGAUGCCUUGUCUUACGUCCCAUCUGCUGAAGAACCUGCAGUAUCUGGACCUGUCCGACAACCUUCUGACGGACCUGACUCUGGAGGAGACGCUUUGUGGUACAACACAAACUUUGAAGGACAUUCGAGUUUUAAACUUCAGUGGAAAUGCUCUGAAGUCUUUGUCCACCGUGAGCCGACUGGUCACAAAGUUCUCUAAACUGACACACCUGGACAUUAGUAGGACCGGUUACAGCUUCAUGCCCUCAAGCUGUCCUUGGCCUUCCACCCUGCAAUUCCUAAACAUCUCCGGGGCAAAGUUCACAGCCAUUACCCCCUGUCUACCCCAAACCCUGGAGGUGCUGGAUUUGAGCAACAACAACCUUAAAGAUUUCACUCUACUCCUGCCUGUACUCAGGGAACUGUAUCUCUCUGGCAACAAGUUUCUGAGGUUGCCCUCUGGGCUAUCCUUCCCCAAUCUACAAACCCUGACCAUCCAGUCAAAUACCCUGAACAUGUUUGGCAAAACAGACCUCCAGUCAUACCAGCGACUCGAUAACCUCCAGGCUGGUCAGAACAAGUUUGUCUGCUCCUGUGACUUUGUCAGCUUUGUCCAGUUGGAACUCCAAGGAGGUGGAGGUAUACAACUGACAGAUGGAGUGGACAGCUACAUCUGCGACUCCCCUUUCUAUCUACAUGGACAGCCAGUGGAUCAAGUCCGACUCUCAGUUGUCAUGUGCCAUCAGGUUUUGUUUGUGUCAGUGAGCUGUGGCUUGGCGUUGUUUGUAGCCACUCUGCUAUCUGUGGUGCUGUGGCGCAUCCAUGCCUUUUGGUACCUCAAGAUGAUCUGGGCAUGGCUCAAGACCAAGCGUAAUUCUCGACAACGGCAGCAACGCAGAGAUGAGGCAGACACAGAAGCCCUGAUAUCCUUUGAUGCCUUUGUUUCCUACAGUGAAAGAGAUGCUGGCUGGGUGGAAAAUUUUUUGGUACCUGAGCUAGAGGAGCCAAGUGAAAGCAGCUCUGGGACUAGGUCGACAUCCCACCGGCCCUUGACUCUCUGCCUUCACAAGCGGGAUUUCCUUCCUGGACAAUGGAUUGUGGACAACAUCAUGAAUGCUAUCGAACGCAGUCGGAGAACUGUCUUCAUCCUCUCCGAGAAUUUUGUGCAGUCUGACUGGUGCCGCUAUGAGCUUGACUUCUCUCACUUCUGGCUUUUUGAUGGUCAUGCCACUGGUGAGGCGGCCAUUCUGAUCCUACUAGAGCCAUUGUCCAAGGAUGAUGUCCCCAAACGCUUCUACAAACUGCGCAAACUGAUGAGUUCCACCACCUACCUAGAGUGGCCACAGGAGGAAGAGAAGAGGGAGGAGUUCUGGAGGAGUCUGCGCAAUGCUUUGAGAGGAAACGAUAACUAAAAGAACAGAAUAUAAUAAAGAAUGAGAAGAAAAAGAAAGAGUUGGACAAUAAGGGAUACAAGAGAGGGAUAAAUAAAGUCAAAGUAAAGCUGUAGCAUUUUAAUUCACUGAUAUCCAAGUCAUCAUUACUGAAAAUCACAACUCUAGCUCCAAACCCCAAAUUGAUUCCUGUGUUUUGGAGAAAAGCAAAAUGAACGGGGUUGUGGUUGUUACCAGUUUCUGUCAGUCCAAGGAGGUGGCCUCCUCCACCAACUAGGACAUCAUUGUCACCAGGGAUGGGCAUUGAUAACAAUUUAGCAAUCCCAAUUCUUGUUUCACUUAUCAAUCUCAUUGUCUCCAAUGUGAGAGUCACCACCAUCUCUAAGCAGCAUAUCAAAGAAAUUAAAAUCAUACUAAUUAAUUACAUGCUGUAUGCUCAAAUGUUUGUACAUGUCAGAGGCAUUUUCCCUCUUUGUUGUGAUCAGUUUUGGGAUCAUUACAAAUAGAUUGUAUUCAGUUAGAUGAAAAAUUACACUAAUAUGAAAAAAAAGUCUAUUAACAUUGCUAACAAAAAGUCCUCUAUCAGUGUACUUUCAACCAAAAGGCAAAUAACCAAACCACAUGAACAUCU